CCACUCGGCUUGUCUCGUCUUCUAUGCUAGUCCUCUACAUACAGCAAUCUUCAUUGGAUAAAUACAAGCAGUUUCAGUAUAAGAAGAGAGAUAUAUGAAUGUUAUAGUUUAUCCAUAAAGGGAUUGACCAUACUUUUGUGUUCAUAAAGAGAGAAUACUUUAUUGUUCACUUAAAUGGACUACUUCUGUGUUUUCUUUAAACUGGAAUGUGAAAGGAUUUUUGCUGUUUAAAAGUAAUUUUUGGUAUUUGAUUUAUUCACUGGAACUUGUUGGUGUAAGGCUGGAUAUCUAAACAAGGUGUGUGUUCACACCUUCAAGGCUGCAGAGGCAUGGGCAUAGAUGGAAUUCAGUCGAAGGAAGAGGGGGAUGAGGUGAAGGAGAAGAAAGAAGAUGAAGUGAUCCACCUGAGGAGGACAAUAGGUCUGCUUCCGGCUAUCUCCUUCAUCAUCGGUACCGUGGUGGGCAGCGGCAUCUUCAUUGCACCAAAAGGGGUUCUGAUGAACAGUGGUAGUGUGGGCCUGUCACUGGUGGUUUGGGCCCUGUGUGGGGUUCUCUCGACCUUCGGGGCCUUGUGUUAUGCUGAGCUGGGAACCACAUUUACAAAGUCAGGGGGCCACUACACCUAUCUGCUGGAGACAUUAGGACCCUUGCCUGCGUUCCUGCGUCUCUGGGCAGAGUUUUUAUUCAUCAGGCCAGCUGUAGCAUCCUAUGUGUCCCUGGCGUUCGGACGCUAUGUGGUGGAUCCCUUUUUCAGCCCUUGUGCUCCUCCCACAGCACUGAUUAAACUGGUCAGCAUCCUUGGAGUGACAUUUGUGGUGGCGAUAAACUGCUGGAGUGUGACCCUGGCCUCUCGCACCCAGAUCACGCUGACAUUCAUCAAGAUGUUUGCCCUGGUCCUAAUCAUCGUUCCUGGCAUCAUGGCAUUAGCCAGAGGACAGACAGAGAACUUUCAGAAUGGGUUUGAGAUUGAUACAUUAACACUGAAUAAGCUACCAUUGGCKUUUUAUUCUGGUCUAUAUGCCUAUGGUGGAUGGUUUUAUCUGAAUUUUGUCACAGAGGAGGUCAUUAACCCAAAUAGAAACAUCCCACUGGCAAUCAUCUUCUCCAUGGUGACGGUGACUGUGUGCUACGUUCUUGUCAACGUGGCCUAUUACACCAUGAUGACAGCAGAGGAGCUUCUUGUGUCUGACGCUGUGGCUGUGACGUUUGCCAAUCGUGCGCUUCACGGCUUGGCCUCUGUGAUUCCUGUACUGGUAGCUGUGUCCUGUCUUGGGGCGCUGAACGGUGGCUUCUUUGGAGCACCCAGGAUGCUGUUUGUGGGGGCCAGGGAGGGACACUGGCCAGUCCUCUUCUCAAUGAUCCACAUCCAUCGAAACACGCCUCUGCCUGCUGUUCUGCUGCUGUAUCCGUUGGUGGUAGUGAUGGUGGCCAGAGGAGAGAUAUUCCAGCUGAUCAACUUUGCCUCCUUCUCCCGGUGGCUCUUCAUUGCCAUGGCGACCAUGGGGAUGCUCAUCCAUCGCUACCGCUUCCCCCUCCACCCAAGACCCUUCAAGGUGCCGCUGGCCAUUGCAGUCACUUUCACAGUGGUGUGCUUCUUCAUCGUUGGGCUGUCUCUGUACUCAGACCCCUGGAACACAGGGGGCAGCUGUGCUCUCACCCUGUCUGGAGUCCCUGUCUACUACCUGACCGUGCACCGCUCACGCCUGCCCGCCCGAUGGAGAAAGAGCUUCAACUACUGCAGUAAGCAGCUCCAGAUACUGCUGGAGGUGGCUCAGCAGGAAGUCCAGACCUACUAAAGACGCCUCUUUACUCACACACACUGACCAGACGAACGGACACCCAUUGCUGUGCCCUCCAUAUUGUAUAUGGAUGUGAAUACCAAGGCAUGUUACUUAGAUUUGGAAAAGAAUGAGCCGUUAACUCUACAGCAUUCACUGCUCGGAAAGUUAGUUCUGCUGAAAAAACCCCAAUGACUAUUGUUUUUGUUUACUUGAAUUAAUGAGGUGUACUUUUUACGCUUUGAAUACGAUAUAUGUUUUGUGUUGAUUAUUUACAUUUAAAAUGACAAUCAUGAGAAAAUGUUGCCAUACUGGUAUUUGGUACUCAAAACAAAGAGAAACUGUGACGUAUUCAUUCAUUCCAUUUACAUAGGAUUCAUAAAACAGACAUGCUUUUCUUAAACAUCCCAAAAGUUACCCAUGUCAGUUUUUCCACAAACCCUGCUCUGGGGUCUGUUGUACCAGACAUGUAAUAAAUACUGAACCAGAAUGRAAAAGUUCUUGCAUAUUAUGUGGUGUUCAUGCCCCUUCCAGUUUAUCAUACCUUCAAUUAUAAUAUGGGACAAGAAACCCAGGACUGUGUGAAUCUAGUCAAAGUUAAGACAUCUAAUCCCACCCAAUGUGAAAAGAAGCAGCAAAGUCACCGGGUUUCACUGUAGUCAGCACACCCACCCAAAAA